CUUUUAUAUAGCCGAGUCCAUUGCACCGUUUCAAAGACUUCACUCUCUCUCUCUCUCUCCUCUCCGUCUGCUAUAACUCUUCUUGAUUUAUGGCCAAGGGAGGUGGACUCUCCAUUGAUUCAGAUCCAGUCGGCUUCUUCCUCCUCCACCACCACCACCACCACCAACAACCUCCCCCCACAGUCAUCAACUCCUUGUCUGAACACCAUCCCAGCAAGCGCAGAUUGCUUCCUGCGCCAACCAUGGAUCACCACCCUCACCGCCACCACGCCCACGCCGCCACAGUCAACGUGUCCGCAGCUGCUCCUCCCACCACUAUUCAGUUCCCUCUCAACCUCAUAUCUCGUCGGGACACUUCGCCGCAGCCGCCGAUGCCGCCUGUGGCAGCCAAUGAGAAGCGGGCUGUCAUCGACGAGAUGGACUUCUUCUCUAUCAAGAACUCCGGCGAGACCGCCGCCAAGAACAUCGUCUCGUCAUCCGAUGACGGUGACGCUCGAAAGGACUUGACCAAUGGACCUUCCAAUCUUGAUUUCAAUGUGAACACUGGUCUGAAUCUUCUGACGACGAAUACUAGCAGUGAUCAAUCCAUGGUGGAUGAUGGGAUAUCGCCAAACUCUGAAGAUAAAAGAGCUAAGAAUGAGCUAGCCGUUCUUCAAGCCGAGGUUGAGCGGAUGAACAAUGAGAAUCAACGGUUGAGGGACAUGCUAAGUCAAGUGACCACCAAUUACAAUGCUCUAGAGAUGCAUCUGAUUGCAGUGACGCAGGAUCAGAAACCCGAAAACUCCAGCGAAAAUCGGAAAUCGAAAGACAAGAAAGAAAACAGCAGGCUGAUGGUGCCAAGGCAGUUCAUGGAUCUCGGCCUCGCUGCGGCGAAUAACUCGGACUCCCCCUCUUCAUCAGAAAGAGGGACUCGUGAUCGGACGGGAUCGCCGGUGAAUAACAACAGAGAGCCUGCCGAAGUCGGCAUCGGGUUGGAUCAAGAUAAGAAGGAAUCAGCAAGCGGGAGGCGCAAGCAAGAAGAGAGUCCGGAUCAAGAAUGGCUUCCCAACAAGGUUCCCAGAUCAAUCAGCCCAUCGAAGAGCGUCGAUCAGACAGAGGCCACGAUGAGGAAGGCGCGCGUCUCGGUCAGGGCUCGUUCCGAGGCUUCCAUGAUCACUGAUGGAUGUCAAUGGCGAAAGUACGGGCAGAAGAUGGCGAAAGGGAAUCCGUGCCCACGAGCCUACUAUCGAUGCACCAUGGCUGCUGGUUGUCCGGUCCGAAAACAAGUACAAAGAUGUGCAGAGGAUCGAUCCGUGCUCAUCACCACAUACGAGGGCAAUCACAACCACCCGUUGCCUCCCACCGCCAUGGCAAUGGCCUCCACAACCUCCUCAGCAGCUCGGAUGUUGCUGUCCGGGUCAAUGCCAAGCGGCGACGGCCUAAUGAACACUAAUUUCCUGACUAGAACACUCCUUCCAUGCUCUUCCAGCAUGGCAACAAUAUCAGCUUCAGCCCCAUUCCCUACCGUUACACUGGACCUAACUCAGAACCCCAACACAUCACAGUCUCAGGCCACGCCGGGGCAAUUCCAGGUCCCAUUCCCGAGCCCAGGCUCGAGCUUGGCCAACCCUUCAGCCGCUCUGCUGCCUCAGAUUUUUACCCAGGCUCUGCACAAUCAGUCCAAGUUCUCCGGCCUUCAAAUGUCUCAAGAUUCGAAGGCAUGCCGAUUGGAAGGCCAAGCCCAAGUGCCGCAACCACUUGGUCAGGGACAGCCGAAUAGCAUCUUCGCCGACACGCUAAGCGCGGCCACCGCCGCCAUUGCCACCAAUCCGAAUUUCACCGCCGCCCUAGCCGCAGCGAUCUCCUCCAUAAUGGGCGGCUCGAAUCCGAGCGGGAGCAGCGGCAUGUCGAGCCUCGUGCCAUCCGGCGCGAACAACCAAAGCAACAGCAGCAGCAACAACAGUAGCAAUGACAACAAAAUCAGCAGUUGAAGCCUUCCAAGCAAAUCAAAUAAAGAAGUCAAGAAAGCUCCA